UUGAGAACGUUCUCUACGUGCAGUCUCGCGCAACAAUUCUGAGACGGAAACCAUUCAGGAGAACAAUUGUUUUUAUAUUAGUUCGUCUUAUCAGAAACGUAUCUAAUUGAUUGCAAACUUAUUAAUACCGGCGCAAGACUUCCAAUUUUUGGUGUUGACAAUUUGGUUGUUAUGUUACGCGGUCACUGUUAUUGCAGGCUAGUAUGUGGACACUCGGUGUUUAUAAUUUUGCUAUAAUUCUAAUGCAUAUAGGAGAGACAAAAUCAUUAUAGUACAAUGAGGAUUUUUACAACACUUUUGAAAAUCAGCAACCCAAAAAUAGAAUAUUAUUCUAGGUUUUCUCCGUCACCACUCUCAAUCAAGCAAUUUUUGGAAUUUGGAAGGGACAAUGCCUGUGAGAAGACAUCCUACAUGUUCCUGCGUAAGGAGCUGCCGGUGCGACUGGCCAACACCAUGAGGGAAGUCAACCUCCUGCCUGACAACCUGCUCAGCCAGCCCUCAGUCAAACUGGUGCAGAAAUGGUACAUGCAGAGCUUUGUGGAGCUGUUGGGGUAUGAGAACAGAAAACCAGAGGACCCUCAUGCCCUGAAUGAUUUCCUGGAGCUGCUGAUUGAGAUCCGUAACCGUCACAACGAUGUGGUUCCCACCAUGGCGCAGGGCGUGGUGGAGUACAAAGACAAGUUUGGAUUUGACCCCUUCAUCAGCAGCAGCAUCCAGUACUUCCUGGAUCGCUUCUACACCAACCGCAUCUCCUUCCGCAUGCUCAUCAACCAGCACACUCUUCUGUUUGGCAACGACACAAACCCUGCUCACCCCAAACACAUCGGCAGUAUUGACCCCACCUGCAAUGUGGCUGAGGUCGUAAAAGAUGCCUAUGAAACAGCAAAGAUGUUGUGUGAGCAGUACUACCUCGAUGCUCCUCAACUCAAGAUAGAGGAGUUUCACAUGAAGCAUCCAGGCCAGCCCAUCCAGGCGGUCUAUGUCCCUUCUCACCUGUUCCACAUGCUGUUUGAGCUCUUUAAGAAUUCCAUGCGGGCCACAGUUGAGCUUCAUGAGAACAGCAAGGAAGGUUUACCUCCAGUGAAGGCCAAAGUCACUCUGGGCAAAGAGGACCUCUCCAUAAAGAUCAGUGAUAGAGGAGGGGGCGUUCCUCUCAGGAAGAUUGACCGCCUGUUUAACUACAUGUACUCUACAGCCCCCACGCCCAGCUUUGAGCCCUCCAGCGCUGUUCCAAUGGCUGGUUUUGGCUACGGUCUGCCCAUCUCCAGGCUCUAUGCUCGCUACUUCCAGGGCGACCUGAAGCUGUACUCCAUGGAGGGGGUGGGGACGGAUGCUGUUAUUUACUUGAAGGCACUGUCCAGCGAGUCCUUCGAGCGCCUGCCCGUUUUCAACAAGUCGGCGUGGCGACACUACCAGACCAGCCCCGAGGCCGACGACUGGAGCAACCCAAGCAGAGAGCCACGCGACACUAGCAAGUCCAACUACAAGGCCAAAAGAUAACUCUUGCCUUCCACCUCCACCAGUAUGGAACCCAUCGCUCCCUCUCCCCUCCCUCCAGUAGGAUCAGUAUGGCCUCUACACAGGCCUUGUUCAGAGCUGUCUUAGGGAAACUAUCAGUCUAGUUUUGGUCGUCAGCAUCCAUGUCAGCAUCAUGCGAUGGCUAUGCCUGCCAAGAGCUUUCACUGUUUUGUUUUUUCUUUUACUGUUUUGUCUGUUUUCUAAAUGGAUCCCCCCUAAGGACACCUCCGACUAACCCUGAUUGGAUGGCUUCUCUGGUCAGCUGAGUUCUUCUCAGAUCUAUUUUAAUUAUGGAUAGUUUGUCUUCCUUUGGACGGUUUGAAUUUAGUCUCAAGACAUUAUUGCUUGGUUUGCACCUCCCUUUCUCUCUCUCCCCUUCCUCCUAGCUUCACUGACCACUGCCAUCUAGCGUCUGUUUUUCACAGAUCCAUGUUUCUGCUGGAGGUAACUGCCUUCUGCGGUUCCGUCUUGAAUAAUAGGACCCCUGUUUUUUCCCCUGCGACAGCCUGAGACAGAAGGAGACAGAGAAAGAGACAGAGGGCUUGUGUUUCACAUGAAAAGGAGUGUUCACUUCCCUCCUUUGGUCAUUUCUGUGAUCGGGUAAAAAAAGGAAAACAAAAAAGGUCCACUGGGCCGCUGUCAUGGUAACAGCACCUGCCUGUGUUGCUGAAGUAACUGAAGCUUUGGUAAAGGGAGAGAGAACAUACUUAGUCAUGUGUAAAAACCAUGGGAACAAAGCAGAUACACAGAUUAUGCAUUCAGACUUUGUUUAAUUUUUAUUUAUAAUUCAGAAAGAUGAGAAAAAGUAAUAUAUUUAUUUUGCUAUGUUUAAAUAUGAAGCCUUCGAUAGAUUAUACAUAUUAAAAGGGAGAAGGUUAGGAUUGAAUUGUAAAUGUGAUAUGUGGUGAUUUGAGAAGAAAGGUUGGACUCUGUAGUAGACCACAUUAUCCUCUUUUCCUGUCAGCAAUACUACUGACCUUUUGCGGUACACUACCGCUACAACACCUACGCAACAGGCACAAACCCUGCGUAGCUCCACCCACUAUAGUGAUGUUCACUGAAGGACCAAAGGGUCGUUGUCAAGUGGCUGUACCAUUUCAGCCUUGUCUUUCCUGUCACUUCUAGAUCACCCCAGCAUUAAAACGUGUAUAAUUACCCCUUCUCGCUGAUGCUCUACAAACCUUUGUAGACAAUGGAUAUACUGGGAAUGCAGUAAUCAAGUUAGUUGGGUAGGGCUAACAACAUGACGUGUCUGUCAGCCAUGCGUAUCUCCAUCAAAACCUUUAAGCAAUAUAUACAUACAUAUAUAUAUAUACCUUGCAUACAGGACCGUUGACCUUCGCUAAUACAGAUAAUGCUAACAGCACAGGAGAGGGCCUGUGUUUCACUAGCAGCAGUUAUACCCAUUUUCUCUGUCAUCUGAGCAUUUAAUACGUUUGAGGUUCAGUUCAAGAGCUCUUGUUUUGCUGUUAAAGGGUUUGAGCGAAUGUUAAUUUAACAGGGUUUCUUUUGAAUACUUUUUAGGUGAAUCAUUUAAUCAUUUCUUUUCUCAGCCUUUUAAUGUUCUGGGUCUGUCUGAUGUUCAUGUUGGGGCGUCUUCCAGGACCCCUCUCUGCUGUGCUCACGUCAGAUGCAGACCAGACUGUGCGCACACUCCUCUGAAUUCUCCUUGGGAUGAGAAGGGAUUCUUUUUCUGUGUUUCUUGUUGUGAUUGCCUAGUUGAUUGACCACUUAGAUAUGGGUCGGACAGAAGUCCUUCACUUUCAUCUAGACUCCCACGUAUCCUUGUCUCCUACCUCCUACCAUGUUUAUUGGAGACUGAGACAAAGAAUAAAUAGGAAAUAUAUCUCUCUUGAUCGCCAUCUAAUCUGUGUCAGCACUGCCAAGCCUUCACAGCUUGCCAGCAAUCAGUAUACUUACUUCAGUAGGGCCCUGCACAGCUCCCCUACUGUGAUAAAAAUGUUAUUUUAGCAUUGAUGUCUGUAGUUGGGUUGAACUGUGUUGUUGAAACUAGCAAGGGUCUGAGGGCUCUGUUUCAGGACCAGUUCAGUUUCUUUUAUACGAUUCCUACACUCCUCCCUUUGUUGACAGCAACCAUAUUCAGUCAUUUGAGGUCAGUUAUGACCUCAAAGAAGGAUGCAAGGAUGCACUCAAAGGAUUGGAACUGUGCCCAAGUGUCUAGAGAAACGGAGGAUUCCAAUGGAGUUAGAGGCUUUUGUUAGUUUUUUUUAGUUUACCUCUACAGUAUUGAUUAGUUAGUGUAUUGGAUAUACUGUAUUAUCUAUGGAGUGAGCCCUCAUGUACUCCUAUUGUAUCUGCUGUUAGGACAUGUCUGACCACUUUGUAUGCAUGAGCUCCUCCUGGUACAGAGAGAAGGUCAUGCAAAGGUAUGCAACAUCAUGUUACCGCUAACCAGAUAGUCAUUCGAAUACAAUACAUGUUGCACUCUCUUACAGUAAUGAUUAACAGGAUCAGUCUGUUCAGCAUGGCAGAAAUCGUAGAAUGUGUGCCGUCAUAUAUCAAAUCCUACAAUAAAGAGAACUCCCAACAAACAAACCGUCUGUGUGAGAG